AGGUUCAGCGCGCUCAAGGAGAUCUGGAUUUCCUCAACUCCAAGGGUUGGGCCCCUGACCUCUGAGGUAGAGACAGAAUUUGAGACCUGCGCCUCAGUUUCCCCAUAAGGCAGAAAACAGUACAAACUACAUAUGCACCCUUUCCUACCACGCCCCGUCCCACCCCACCCCCCGUCCCCGGGGCUUCGGAAUUUGACCAGAAAAAAGAAUCCGUAGAACACUGCUCUUUAUUUUCCUUUUCGUUUUCGGCCUCUGAGGGAGUUUCCAUAGUAGCAUGCCCUUCCAGUCGUCUGUCUACCAGAAUCCAGGCUCCAGAGUUCCAGCCUCAGGGCUCAGACUCGCGGGAAUGCAAGCGUCCUCAGGCUUUCAUUGGUUACCGCCAGCCGAGCCCCUCGUAACCCUGGUAACAGCACCGCCCACGAAUUGCCAGGCUGCGAUUGGUCCGUGCGCCUAAGACCGAAAACGAACUCUUCAGGCCAUUGGCCCGAGUCACAGCGAAGCUGGCGCCGCAGUUAGUGAUCCUAGAGAUCAGUCAGUCAGAGGCAGGGUCAAAUAGGGAGAAAUGGCGACCGAGCCAGCCUGUGGGCCCAUCUUUGGAACAAGAUCUGGGAACUACAAUCCAGCCUCAGGCCUCAACUUAGUUGGAGCCUGAGAGACUGAGAGCCUCCUGGACAGCAGCCUCACAGAGACAGUACUUUGACCUUGGCAUCUAGACUUCUCCCAUCUCCCCCAUGUCCCUGACAAUGCUGAAUGAGCUCCUGAUUGAGGACCCAAGCCCACCUAUGCUGCUGUACCAGGGUAGCAAGACUGCCCAGUUAGAUACCCUCAACUAUCAGAGCUGCUUUAUGCAGGGCGUCUUUGCCCAUUUCCCUGAGAUCUUAUUUAUCCACCGCACCUAUAACCCAAAGGGCAAGGUGUUAUAUACCUUCCUGGUGGAUGGACCUCAGGUGCAGCUGGAGGGUCAUCUUGCCCGGGCAGUCUACUUCGCCAUUCCUGCCAAGGAGGAUGCUGAAGACUUGGCCCAGAUGUUCCAGGUGUUCAAGAAGUUUAACCCAGCAUGGGAGAGAGUUUGUACCCUCCUGGUGGAUCCCCACUUCCUUCCCCUGCCCACCCUAGCCAUGGAGUUCCCUGCAGCUGAGGUCCUGCUCUCAGCCUUCCACAUCUGUAAGUUCCUCCAGGGUAAGUUCUAUCAGCUGUCUCUUGAACAGCCUGUGGAGAGGGUGCUCCUGACCUCACUGCAGAGCACGAUGUGCUCGGCCACAGCUGGCAACCUGAGGAAGUUGUAUACACUCCUGAGUAACUGCAUCCCCCCAGCCCAGCUGCCUGAGCUCCACUCACACUGGCUGCUCAAUGACUGCAUCUGGCUGGCCCACCGCUGGAGAAGCCGAGCCGAGAGCAGCCGCUACUUCCAGGGCCUGGAGGUCACCACCCAUGUCCUCAGCCAGUUCUUUGGCACCGCCUCGUCUGUGGAACAAGGCAUGACCUCCCUGCUCCGAUACAUGCAGCAGAACUCUGGAGACAAGGCAAGCUUCAGCCUGGGCCUGAGUCCCCAGAACAGUCAUGCCCCCUCAGACGUCAGCCCUGAAAGCCCCAAAGUGGAGCAGUUGGUAGAAGCCCGCAUCCAGCACUCCAUUAAUGCCAUCUGCAUGGGACCAGCAGCCCAGCUCUGCCUGGGUGAGCUUGCAGUGGUCCAGAAAUCCGUGCACCUCAUUGGCUCUGGCUCAGAAAAGGUGAAUAUACAGAUCCUGGAGGACACCCAUAGGGUGCAGCCACAGCCCCCUGCCAGCUGCAGCUGCUACUUCAACCAGGCCUUCCACCUGCCCUGCCGCCACAUCCUGGCCAUGCUCAGUGCCCGCUGCCAGGUGCUCCAGCCCGACAUGCUGCCAGCUCAGUGGACAGCAGGCUGUGCUGCCAGUCUGGACAACAUCCUGGGCACUAAGUGGAGUGAGACCCUGGAUAAGCACUUGGCAGUGGCCCUCCUCACUGAGGAGGUGGGUCAGCUCUUGCAGCACUGCAGCCAGGAGGAGUUUGAGCGGCGGUACAGCACCCUGCGGGAACUGGCCGACAGUUGGAUCGGCCCUUAUGAGCAGGUCCAACUCUGAUUACCCUCAACGCCCAGAGAUGCUCAUACACAUGUACAUGCUCACAUCUACCCCUACACACACACACACUCACACUGUUUUACUUCCAUGGGCCCUCCUUCCAGGAAAGGACAAGAGUUCUGUCUUAUUGCAGCCUGCUACCUAAAAUGUGUCUAGUUCCCUAAGACAAGAGUCAGCAAAUCUUUUCUGUAAAGGGACCAAUAGUAAAUAUCUUAGACUUUGCUGGCCACAGACAGUCUCUGUUGUAUAUUCUUUUUUUAGUUGUGGAUUUUUAAAACCUCUUCACAAGGUAAAAACCAUUCUUAGCUCAAGGGCCUUACAAAAACAGGUAACCCCUGCUCUAAGAUAAGAGAUAAGACACUGAGUGGAGAUGGAGGGCUGGGCCUUGGUUACAGAUGACUCACCUGACCCACAGAGGAAGAGGCCCCCUCAGGGGAGGUGGCUCAGCCAGGCUCCCAGCCUCUCCUCCUCCCCCGACUCACCCAUCCUGAGUUCAUUAAAGUUGAAUGUUGCCUA